GCGGACGUUGAGCUCACGAUGCAACAAGUAUUGAAAAGAGUUUUAUUACUACUAUCUAAUGUUACUGGCAUAGUCAUAACCGUGAUUGUUAUUCGGACCUUGACGUUUUCCGUGCGGACAGACGAUGUGACACCGUGUGCCAAAAGUGACGAGGACUUUGUGCAGGCGACGGAUGCUGUGGUGGGGAGAUUUCGCCGGGCGUUGAGGAUGCGGACUGUAGCCACAUCUCCACACGUCUACGAUAGAGAGGAACUAAUGAAGCUAACAUCUUUUAUCAAAACUGCGUAUCCUCAUAUUAAUUCCUCACCAUUUGUCACCUGUGAAGAUGUGGCAAAUUACAGUAUGUUGUAUACUGUGUGGGGAGAGAACUCCAGUCUCACCCCAUAUAUGAUAACGGGACAUCUUGAUGUUGUGCCUGCCGACUCAAGUCUGUGGGACUAUCCUCCAUUUGGGGCAGAGAUUCAUGAUGGCUUUAUCUAUGCUAGAGGAACUAUUGAUGACAAACAUAUUGUCAUGGGUGUUUUGGAGGCUCUUGAACACCUACUGUCCCAAGGGUUCAAACCACAGAGAUCGUUCUACAUCGGCUUUGGACAUGAUGAAGAGGUGACUGGUUUAGAUGGAGCUAAAUCUAUCAGUGACCUAUUGUGGUCCCGAGGGAUUCGUAAAUUGGAGUUCCUGGUGGACGAGGGAUUGACCAUUGUAAACAAUGUUGUACCAGGGAUAGACAAACCUGUAGCACUGAUAGGUACCGCAGAGAAAGGGUACCUGACCCUGAAGUUGAAUGUGAAAUGGGACACCGGCCAUUCCUCCAUGCCCACAAAGGAGACUAGUAUUGGAAUUAUGGCUAAUGCUGUUUCUAAACUGACAAGAGACUGCCACCCCAGCAUGUUUGGAUUAGGACCAGAGAUUGACACCUUCCAACACCUCGCCAAUCAUAUGAAGUGGCCAUAUAGAGUUGUGAUGUCUAACCUGUGGCUGUUUAAACCCAUCAUAUCCUGGGUUUUGUCAAAGAAGCCGUCUACUAAUGCCAUUGUCCGUACUGUAACAUCCGUCACCAUGAUAAAUGGGGGUGUGAAGGUGAAUGUAUUACCUCCGGAGGUGACAGCUUAUGUCAAUCAUCGGCUCCAUCCUGCUCAGUCUGUACAGGAGGUUGUAGAAUUUGAUCGUCAGUUAAUUGGAGAUGACCGCGUCCAGAUAAGUAUUGAGUCGGCUAUGGAGCCCCUCCCCAUGUCGCCCUAUGGGGACGAUGACUUCGGCUAUCAAACUGUAAAAUCCAGCAUCAGGCAGGUCUGGACAGAGGCUGCUGUAGCUCCAGGAGUAAUGGUUGGCAACACGGACACAAUUCACUACACACCGUUCACCCACAACAUCUACAGGUUCAGCCCUACGUUCAUGUUCCCCGACGACAUUCCACGCUUCCACGGAAAUAACGAACGCCUCUCUGUCCGUAACUACGAACAAGCCAUCAACUUCUACAAACAUUUGAUACAAAAUGCUGAUGUUAAAGUAUUGCCGACCCACCACAAACAUGGAGAUGAACUGUGAACAGUAGGAUUAUUAUAAUCAGUUUGAUAAUGCUGCACAAUUUACUUAGUAUGAAAUGAUUUAACAAACAGCAUGUUGAAUAAUUUUUUUAAGUUUGAUCUAUUCUGUACUUUAUGUGUUUGUAAAGUUCUGUUAGGUAUUUGUUUGUUUACUCAUUCACCCCUGAAUUUUCAUAA